AUGGAUGCACAAGGAAUUCAGAUAAACAAUGUGACUGAAGUCACCAUAUUCAUACUGAUGGGAUUCACAGAUGAUUUUGAUAUGAAGGUCUUGUUAUUUUUAUUAUUUCUUAUCAUUUAUCUUUUUACUGUGAUUGGAAAUUUGGGGUUGGUGUUUUUGGUCAUUGGAGAUUCUGGGCUCCACAACCCCAUGUACUAUUUUCUGAGUGUUUUGUCAUUCUUGGAUGCUUGCUUUUCUACAGUACUGACUCCAAAAAUGUUAGUCAAUUUCAUUGCCAAGGAUAAAUCCAUUUCAUUUGUUGAAUGUGCAACACAAAUGCUUCUUUUUGUGACUUUUGGGACCACAGAGUGCUUUCUAUUGGCAGCAAUGGCUUACGACCGCUAUGUCGCCAUCUACAACCCACUUCUGUACUCAGUGAGCAUGUCUCCCAGGGUCUAUGUGCCACUUAUUAUUGCUUCCUAUACUGGUGGAAUUCUGCAUGCUACCAUACACACAGUGGCUACCUUUAACCUUUCAUUCUGUGGCUCAAAUGAAAUCAAGCACGUCUUCUGUGAUAUUCCUCCACUGCUUGCAAUUUCCUGUUCUGACACCCACAUAAACCAGCUUCUACUCUUCUACUGCGUGGGCUCCAUUGAGAUCAUCACCAUCCUCAUUGUCCUGGUCUCCUAUGGCUUUAUCCUGUUGGCCAUUCUGAGGAUGCACUCAGCUGAAGGGAGGAGAAAAGUGUUCUCUACAUGUGGAGCUCACCUCACAGGGGUGUCCAUUUAUCAUGGGACCAUCCUCUUCAUGUAUGUGAGACCGAGUUCCAACUAUGCUUUGGAGCAUGACAUGAUAGUUUCAACAUUUUAUACCAUUAUAAUUCCCAUGUUGAAUCCUAUCAUCUAUAGUUUAAGGAACAAUGAUGUGAAAAAGGCAAUGAAAAAAAUCUUUGAGAGAAAUUGGUUCAUUAAGAAAAUACAUGUGUCAAAUUGA